UUGGCAGUUUCAGGCGAAGUAGUUGGCUUACAACCGGUCAAUUCUCGCGUAACUCAUCCGGAAAGGCUAACAGCUUAUCAGCAGUUAUACACCAAACAGGUAACAGCGACGACACGCACCAACACAGAGCCAUUGACAAUCGACCCCUCCUCAUUCGGGAGGAACAUGAUCACAAUAAAUAUGCGGCCUUCUGCAGAAGACAACACGAAAUUCAAUCAUCAGGCAUCCUCCGGAGCAACAACAAUAAAAUCAUCUUUCACAGCACCCAUCAAGCAUUUGAAUUCAACCCAUCUAAACAAUCAUACCCGAGAAUUUCCGGAAGAAAGAGUCGGACCUUCUCCUUUCCUCGACGAAUUCGGAAAUGCUCUUUCAGCACUGUUACCAGAUCGGCAGUAUAAUAAUCCGAAUCCGUACCAAUCAGAGUCACCACGAGAGCGCACAUCUAGUUCGGGAGCUGCUAGCUUCACUCGGCUCAACCAAAACAAGCCAGUUGCAGACAGUAUAUUCUCUAAUUUGCCUAUUUUUUAA